AUGAGUUCUCUGCCUAACGCCCUGCUUCCCCCUGCUACCCCCUUCAUCUUCCUCUCCCCACUCUGCAUUACCCCCUCCAUUCACGUUUCCACCCACGGUGCCAUACGCCCUGCUUCCUCCUUUUCCCUCUCGUCCCUACACCCUUCUUCCCCCUCACCCCUCUCUGCCACGGGUCAACCCCCUUUCCCCUCUCAUCUGCAUUCUCCCCCUAACUUCCUAAGAAGCACAGUUUCCAUCCCUACCCUACACCCCUCUUCCCCCUUUCCACACCCUAACUACCCCCUUUCCCUUUUCUGCCCUUCCCCCUUCUUCCCCCCGUGGCCUCGCUUCCAUACUGCCGGGUUUUCCCUCGUAACUUCACUCCCUGCCAUACUCCCUGCUUUCCCGCUUCCCUCACUUGUCUACACCCUUCUUCCCCCUCUCGCUCCAUGUGCCCUCUCACGCAGCUAUCUCCAUGCUCCACCCCUUGCCCUCUCGUGCUACGCUGUCGACUGUCCUCUCGCGCCUAAAUCACCUUCUCCCAAUUACCAUUCUCUCUUUCAAACUCCAUCUGCUCCCUCUCCUCCCUCUGUCCCAUCUCCCCUCCCUGUUCUAAUUCCCCUCGCCAACACAGCGCCCUACGCGUCGGCUCCUCUACACCUCUCUGCUCAAAGUCUCCAAUCCGCGACACUCGGCGCCGCCGCGCCACUCCUUGGGGUAGGCCUCUCCGCUCUGACUUCCCUCACGCCCCACCCUGCCUUACUCCCCCCUCCGCCUUCCUUUUCUCAACCCCCUGCUCUCUCUCCUCCCGUCACAAAUGCUACUCCGGAACCGCUCCUCCCCCUCUUCGGCUCCCAGCCCUCUAUCCCUUCAAAGCCAUCUCUCCCCUCCUUGCCCUCCCUCGACCCCUUGCACUCCCCUCCCUCCCUUCCCUCCCUCCUCUCAACAAUCUGUUGCCCCUGUCCCACCGUCGUGUUGCAAUCUGUCCUGUCCCCAAUCCCACGCUCUUUCAUCUCCGUGCUCGUCGUGCCCCCUCGCUAUCCUGUUCCAACCCUGGCGACCCCCUCCAUGCUCGUCGCCCUUCCCCACCCUUUCAAACCAGUCUACCACUCUCUCCUGCCAUUAGUGUGA